AUUCUCCUGUCCUCCCUUGCUCUUUCUCUCUCUGCUCUCCGUGGUUCAGGGUCUUUCUUCGCCCCAAUGGGUGAGGGUGUGCAUUAUUCAUCGGUAAAAUUCAAGAAGAACUUGAAGCAGGAGCCUGCAGUAACUCAUGAUGAAGAUGUAACCUAUUCUGAGGUGAAACCUACCAACCAUACCUCCUCCUGCACAGUGUCCCACUGUGGCUCCGCAGAGAAAAGGGAACAAAGCUCCCACCCCUACAGGCUGGCUGCAGUGUGUCUGGGGCUGCUGUGUGCUCUCUUAUUGGCUGCCACAUUAGUCUUGUGUGUCCUCUAUACAAACCAGUCUCAGAAAUAUUCAAUGUUGGCGAGAGGCCAGGAGGAGCUCAGAGCCAAUAACAGCACCUUGAACAGGGACAAGGAACAGCUACAGAGAGAAUCCAGUGCAGUAUUCAAGAAACUCCCCUUUAUGGAGCAGUACUGUCCCAGAGACAAUUCACAGAAGAGAGUGUGCAAGCCCUGUCCACAGGGCUGGGAGCAGUUUUCUUCCAAGUGUUACUACUUCUCCACUGAGGGGAAGAGCUGGAUGAACAGUCACAGAGACUGCGUAAGACAGGGAGCUGACCUGGUUAUUAUAGAGAGUGGCAAGGAGCAGGAGUUCAUCACCAAAUACAUACAAGAUUUGAACUGGAUUGGACUGAGUGACUCAGAAACAGAGGGCACCUGGCUCUGGGUGGAUGGAACCCUCCUGCAGAAAAACUACUGGAGGAGUGGAGAACCAGAUAAUCGUUUCCAGCUACAAAGAGACACAUACACACCCGCAGACUGUGCACUUACUUACCCUGGUAAGAAUCUAUGGGUGGACGCAGGCUGCCAUUUGUUCGCCCGCUUCAUCUGUGAGACUGAUGCUCUGCUCCUUUAAUUGCCAAUGGUGUAACAUUGAUGCCAAAUGGGAAAUCCAUUUUUGUACCAUGACAGUUUUAACCAUUUCCUCAGCUGAAAAUAUCAAAAUAAGCAGAAAUGUGCCAGUGUUUGAGUGGUGUGUCAUCAAAGCGCUCAAUGCCAGGAGAGAAAUCCUGUCAUCUUGAUAAUAUAUUUGUUUGCACUCCAUUCCUCUGAAAGCUGUGGUUAUGAAUCACAUUUUAAAGAUUAAACUUGGAUAUGAAUUUGUGUAUUUUCAGAUUAACUGAAAUGUUAAUUCAGUGAAAUAAUGUUCAACUAAGCUACUUAAAUGGAAUUGGUUCAUUGAGACAAAUGCUGUGCUCCCCAAAGUAAUAUUCAUCAUUGCUAAUUUUUUAAAUUUUUAUUAAAUAUUAUUAAAUUAAGUAAUUACUGUACAAAAGCCUAUAGAUGCAGAGUAUUUUCAGCUAUAACAUUAUUAUUUCUGUGAAUAUGGACAUAUGUAUAAAUAAUCACAAAUCCUUAUUAGCACCAUAAGUUUACUGUUGUACACAACAGCAAUCCCCCUGCUACAAAAGUGGAUGUGUUAUGAGCUCAUUGUGUCAAAGCAUCUGCUAAUACAAAGAGUUCUUAGUACUUUUAAAAAUGAGUAUGUCACUAAAACGUGCUUAGAUGUAGCUCUCUAAACAGGGGCUGUGACACAAAGCCAUAAACCACAUGUACCCACAAAAUGGUUAGGUAUGCGACUCAAUCAUGGUAUAAAUUCAAUCAUUUGCCCUUCAUUUUUGCUUUUUUGCUUUUGCUCAUCUGUAAAUAAACCUAUUUAGACAAAA